AAUAUUUUUCACACACAUCAGCACUUGUCAUACAUGAAAGAAGACACACAGGUGAGAAACCAUUUCCAUGCUCUGAGUGUGGGAAAUGUUUUACAUGUAAAUCAGAUCUUGUAAUACAUAAGAGAAAUCACACAGGUGAGAAAUUAUUUACCUGUCCUGAGUGUGGGAAAUGUUUCACAUACAAAUUAGCUCUUGUCGUACAUCUGAGAAGUCACACAGGUGAGAAACCAUUUCCAUGUUCUGAAUGUGGGAAAUGUUUUUCAAUGAAAUCAGAUCUUGUUAUACAUGAGAUAAUUCACACAGGUGAGAAACCAUUUCCAUGCUCUGAGUGUGGGAAAAGUUUUUCACACAAAUCAGCUCUAGUUAGACAUGAGAAAUGUCAUACAUGUGAAAAACCAUUUACAUGUUCAGAGUGUGGGAAAUGUUAUAACCUGAAAUCAGAUCUUAUUAUUCAUGACAGAAGUCACACAGGUUUGAAACCAUUUAUAUGCUCUGUGUGGGAAAUCUUUUUCACGCAAAUCAUCCCUUGUUAUCCAUGAGAGAAGUCACACAGGUGAGAAACCAUUUCCAUGUUCUGAGUGUGGGAAAUCUUUUUCACAGAAUUCAGCUCUUGUUAUACAUAAGAGAAUACACACAGGUGACAAACCAUUUCCAUGUUCUGAGUGUGGGAAAUGUUUUACAAGUAAAUCAGAUCUUGUUAUACAUGAGAGAAAUCACACAGGUGAGAGACCAUUCACAUGUGAGUGUGGGAAAUGUUUUACACGGAAAUCAUCUCUUCUUAGACAUCAGAGAAGUCACACAGGAGAGUACCAGCUAUUGUAAGAUAUCAGAAAAGUCACAGUUGAAUUGACUUGAUUGGUAGACAUGAAACAAGGUUGCAUUAAUAGUUUACGUAUAAUAAAUCUGUAUUAAGAGAA